CCAUGGCAUGCAGUCUGCGCACGCUUGUUUUGAAUUAGCCAGCACGAAAGCGGCGUGUCCUUUGCACACUGGCGCAACACUGGGCAUGUGUGCGAAGCCGUAGUCCAGCCCCGCAACCCGCCCACCACCCUCCCUCUUCCCUUCGGUGCGUCUCGGUCCGCCCGCAGCAGUCUCCUUCCCGGCGAGGUUUCACUCUAGAGAUGGCUGUGAAAGUGUGCAGAUCAGUACUCCUGUUGUCCCGGAGCAGCGGAGCGGUGGCCGGCAGCCUCCCCGCACUUGCCGUCUCUUCACAGCGACAUCAUCAGCACAUAAGACCGGAGGUACUGUCUGCUCCUUUCACCCGUCAGACUGUCAGGAGAGCACAUGGCCUCCGGCCUGCAGCCCACUCCACACUCUUCACCCAGCCUCCCACUGCCCUGUCUCCACAGGUUUGGAGGGGCGCCCCCUCAUGGCAAGGCCAGAGACUGUUGUGUUCCUCCACUGCUCCAGAGGAGGUGACAGUGGUGUAUCAGAACGGGCUGCCGGUGAUCUCAGUCAGUUUGCCGUCCCGGCGAGAGCGCUGUCAGUUCACCCUGAAGCCGCUCAGUGACUGCGUGGGAGUGUUCCUGCAACAGCUCCAGGCGGAGGACAGAGGCAUCGACCGGGUAGCCAUCUACUCCACGGAUGGAGCGAGGGUCGCCUCCUCCACAGGCAUAGACAUCCUGCUGCUGGAUGAUUUCAAGCUCGUUAUCAAUGACACCACACACCUCGUGCGGCCACCAAGGAGAGAGCUGCUGCCCCACGAGGAGGCAGAAAGGCUGAAUGACGUCAAGUUUCUGGUGCAGCAGCUCUACACCACCCUGCGCAUCGAGGAGCACCAACUCGGCAAGGAACGUGAGCUCAUUGGACGACUGGAGGACCUCAACUCUCAACUCCGCCCCUUAGAGCAGGUGAAGGAGGAACUGAAUAAGAAGGCAGAGCGGCGUACCACCUGGGUGCUGUGGGGCGGCAUGGCGUACAUGGCCACCCAGUUUGGCAUCCUGGCCAGGCUCACCUGGUGGGAGUACUCCUGGGAUAUCAUGGAACCCGUCACCUACUUUAUCACUUAUGGCACGGCCAUGGCCAUGUACGCCUACUUUGUUCUUACACGCCAGGAGUAUGUUUACCCCGACGCUAGAGACAGGCAGUAUCUACUGUUCUUCCACAAGGGGGUGAAAAGGACACGCUUCGAUGUUGAGAAGUACAACCAGCUGAAGGAUGAUAUAGCUGAGGUGGAGUUGGAUCUGAAGCGUCUUCGGGACCCGCUCCAACUCCAGCUCCCAGUUCAGCAGCUCAUCGACAGUAAAAAUUGAUGGGAAGAGUGACUCCCUUCUCUCUCAACUCCUACCACCCCCUUUCCCGCUUCCAUCCAGCAACGCCCCCUUUUACGCCCAACUCUUUCCUAAGACUCCUCCCUCCCCCAUUUCUCCCACACCCAAUAAUCCCAUCCUGUUUUUGACUGUGGGAGCUAGUCUUUUCUCCUUUUUUUCCCCUUCUUUUUUUCUUUCUUUUAACUUCCUGACUGAAAACUCCAGUUGGAAUUGCAAUUGAAAACCGCUAAAAGACAAAGAAGGAUGGCGAGAGUACCGGGAACUGAAACACUCUCACAGCCGAAGGAUGGUGAGGAUGAUGAAAAGGACAAUGAUGAUGAAGGAUUUAAACUGGGCUGCUAUGGAUAUGCCUCAAGUCUCUGGAGGGACAGCCUGCAGGGAACUUCAGGGGGAAAACGGGAAUUAUCACACCUCUAGACACUGCAGAGAAGAGGACAUGCAGAGGGGCAGUCACUAUUGAGUGUGUAUGUGUAUGUAUGUAUGUAUGUGUGUGUGUGUGUGUGUGUGUGUGUGUGUGUGUGUGUGUGUGAAUGGGACUUUCAGGGUAUACUGGGACACCGACACUGGCCACUCUGCAGGUCAACACAGCAGUGUAGUCCUGCUUCCUCUAGCAGUCAAACUGUCAACACACACACACACACACAUACACACACACAAAUACACACAUGUCUACUCUUGGUUGGGACAGGCUCCAGAAAGAGUCUCUAUCCCAAAGUUUACAAGAAAGUCCUGAUGGCGGUCGCACCAUCAGGGGGACUUUCGUCUUCCUGUGGCUGAACCCUGCUGCCUCUCCCUCCCUGGGCCACGCCUUCUCCGGGUGACGGACAGCUGUCCCUCCCAGUGUGACCUUUGUCAGGAGCUUGUCUCGACUCGCAGGAUAGAGGCAUGAUAGAGGCAUGAUGACGCCUCGCUUCCUCUUCCUGUUGACGUCCUGUAGCGGCCCGGUCUGCGCAAGUAUGAGAGUCCUACCGACAACAACAUCACUGUGUGUUCUUUUAUUCAAAAAAAAAAAUAUUUUGGCACUUUUUAUUUUGAAAGCCAUAGUAUAUUUGUUAUGAAAAUAAUAUAAAUAUAUAUAUAUAUAUAUAUGUAUACAAUCAAAUAAACAGAUGACCCGAGGCUAGUUUUCAGUGGGGGGAGGAGCUCUCUUACGAACAUCCUUUCAUCAAUUAACAUCCUCUGAAGAUCUCCUGCCAUGACGGAACCCCCGCUAACAGCCCAACGUCUGCACACGCAAAACGCAUUACAAUGUAUGCAUUGAUACCUUGAACUAACUAUUACAUAUCUUGUCAAACACACACAAUGUAUUUUACAGUAACUACAUCCAGGCAGGUCGUAAGGCUCCUGUGCAUGGUCACCAAAGAGGGGAAACAAUGUUGAAGCCAAUUCAGGGUGAAACUUGUUCAGAUUGGAAUUGAGGCCGAAUGAUGCCAACCAUGACCUCUAUAAUCAGCUCAUGAAUACAAAGAUUGCUGCAGAAAUCCUUAACAUAAUGAAAGGUUUACAAUGUGCAGUGACCAUUGUCUUAGACAAAUCCACUGGCUAUGUCCAGAUUGUCAGUGACCUGACCAUUAUCUUAACAGCAUGUAAUGUGCAUUUCAUCAAGUGAGGUUUUUUUUAACAAUUCUCCCUCACAAAGCGUAUAGACUAAAUCCCAAAAAACAAUCAUGGAUUUGAUUCAUAUAGGCUUUUUUGAGUUUUCUCCUCUCACUGUUGCUGUAAUGCCCCCCUGCUCCCUCAAUGGCAAGCCGGGUAGACUGCAUGCUGUGGUAUGCCCUUAGUAGAAAUUCGUGAAUGUGUAGGAGCAUUAUUGCAAUUUUGUACUUAACUGGACACUUUUCUUUGCCACAUCUAGCUGAAGUCUCAUCCCCUUGAUACGUUAAAUGUAGAAGCCAUAUGUUUGUUUUGUCCAUUUUCUGGGGGAAAUGGACACUGAAAGAACUUUUUUCAGCAUUACUUAGUUUUCUGUUCAGGUUCAGGAUUGGAAGGCCCUCUUUCCGUCCCCAUUUAUGUCUACAAAAAAUAAGAACAAGCUCUGAAAAUCAUUUGUUUACGCUCUGAACUGCUGUAGAUCACCUGCAGAGAGGAAGCCCAAUCACAUGACGCCCCUGAACAUAGACUCUAGUGCAAGAUCCUGCAUGUGUGUGUCGUGUGGAAAGUUGACUGAAUCCCACUGAAGAGAUCGAUGUGUUCAACUGCAGAUUUUCCAUUACUGUGCAUGAUUUUAGGUUGAAUCUAGUUAGCCAUGCCGAUCUCAAGGCAGGAUUUGGUCUAAUCUGUUUGUGUGUGUGUGUUUGUGUGUCUCCAAGGGAAAUUGUGCCUUUUGGCGGAUUAAUGAUUUUAAAAGUAUCAAUAAUGUAGCAAAUUGGUAAACAGCAAUCAUGAGAUCAUUGAGAAAGUUAAUCUCCUAUUUGGAACGACACCUUCAUAUUGUGGAGGUUUAAAUUUUAAUGUUUGGAAGUGAGAAUCAAUCUUGCUGUGUGUCUGUGAACAUUUGUGUUUGUUUGUUGAAUGCACGUGGUGAUCAGUGAGUACACUGGGGACAAAGUUCAGAUCGCUUUAUUCAUGAAUCCUCUUCCCUCAACCACUGACUGUCAAUAGUGGUAGAAAUCAAUUCCGCUCUCAUCCCACUUCAUAGCAGAAUUGUUCCAGAAUAGGCCAACUUUACACACACACAAAUACACACACACGGGCGAUUUUGUUUCCUUGGAGAUGUACUGUGGCAGGUGAGAGAUCCUCCCCUCAGCUGUUUCUACACAACGCUUCUCUACAUCAUCACCACCUCCUCCUUUUUAUCAUGCCAUCCACCGUUUAUUGCCUUUGUCUUUGUUCUUUUUUGUUCUUGUUUACUUUUUAAAAAUGAAAUAUAUCAAAUAUAGGGAAACUUUAUUAUAAAGAGGGUGUUGCAUGAAUGUAUGUCUACAUGGGAAAUUAUGUGAAAACAAAAAAGAUGAUUUAUCAACAAAAAAAAAAAAACUGCAAAGAUAAUUUAAGAACGUUGUUUGUAGAGGUUCCUAGUUAUAAAGGGCAGUGGACAGGGCUGCAUCUUUAGAAUCUGCCCUGCCAAAUCUGACUUAAAUCCCAGCCAACCAACUGCUCAAACCCACAUCAAACCCCACUCAUAUCUUCACCUUAUUUACUCCCAUAAACCCCUCCCUCAGCGUGCAUUUACACUCCCCAAUAAAUGGAGAAAAGAAAGCCUCCAUUCUCGGUGUGCCUGUAAGAGAGUCGUUACUCUUGACCUCAGUUACUAACGUCCUGAAUCUGAAACCAAGGGGAAAGUGUCAGGCGCACUGUUAGCUUAUCGGGGAACACCUCGAAUUCUCACCCCUCUCUCCUGGCAUUUUCAUCCACUCUCAGCCUUUUUUCUCCAAAGCGACAUUAUUAUUAUAUUCUUUGAAUGUGUGUUAUGUUUUGAAUAUCUUGUUUGUGUGCACUUACAAUAAGAUGUUUAAAAUGCCUAAAGAGUGAAGCAGAAUAUAGGAUUGAAAAUGAUCUUGUACUCCAAUCUGACCUCUUUUUUUAAUUUAGUUUUUCUUGUCUGUUUUUCUUCUGUUGACAUGAUGCUGUAAUGUUGGCGAAAAAGAAAAAUGUAAAAUCCUGUACCAUUUAUGAAAUAUGUAUAAAAGAGAAAUGUAAUUCAAUUAUCAAUAAAAUCCUUAUCCAGGUUUUGGA